CUGAGACGCAUGAUAUUGAUCUCAAUGUAAAUGUUCUCGAUAUUCAAACAUGACUGUAUUAACUACAGAAAACCUCUUCUAUCCUGCCUUAGUAAGCCUUAUUGGUGCUCUACAGCUUGGUAAGGAAAUAUUAUUUUAAUAUUUACCAAUAUAUUUACCAUAUAAUUAUAUAGAUGUUCGCGUCAUUCGCGUGUUGUAAAUAUUCCGUGACUCCACACUGAGACUGACUUUACAAACAUUAGGUUAAGACCACUUGAUGAUAAAUUGCUGCUUAUGAUAUUAUACUCACGAAAACUUUAACAUUUAGAUUGGUACCAUAACUUCUAGUGUAUCUAUAUUAAUUUUGACACCAUGCAUAUGAAUCAUACUAGGUUACUAGCCAUAAGCAAUGUACUGGAUGAAACCAUGUUCAAUACAAGUUAAACAAUGGUUACACGGCAGAGUAUACUAGCCGUACAAGUUAUUUAUCUGGUAUUUACAUUUUUUUGAGGAUUAUAAUAAUAAAUAUAAUAGCUUCUAUAUAUUUAUUGACAGCACGAUUCACAAGAAGAGUCGGCGAAGCACGGGGGAAGUAUAAGGUAAUUUACUACAUGAAUAUAUUUCUGUUUGUACAAUAUGCUACCGUCAUUCUCAGCAUGACUAAACAAAGAUAUAGAAGAUAUUUAAACGUAAGUGAGUUGACGGUAAAUUCAUUGUUCAAGUUGCAUCACUUGGUGAAAAGGAAAUAUUUUCCCAACCGGCCAACCAAGGUCCCUGCAUGGUUCACUACAUGGGAUGGCCGGUUGAGACAGUCAGAAAUACUUUGUGUAAAAACCAUGAUUGUACCUUUGUACAUGUAACUAUGAAAACUAUCUUGUAAUUGUCACCGAAUGUUACGUCACAAUAAUGAACUUUUCCAUAGUAUAAUAAACUGCCCAGAUCAAACGAGCAUGAGAGGCAGUCCCGCGACCUUGGUUAGCUGUUCUAAACUAAGACUGAGAAUGCUUUCCCAACGCUAUCAUGUAUUUUAUUAAACGGUUGAAUUGUUGUUGUAACGCUUGUAUAUCAAGCCUUUAUUUUGUGCAAGUAACAAUGUCCAUGAAACAAUGUCAAUGCGUGAUUGCCAACCAGUCGCCGCAAAAACCAUUUUCUCAAAUAGGCUAAAUCCGUAGAGAAAUUGGGGAAACGUACACAUUAUAUGCUCGAAGCUGAAACUAAGAGUCUAAGUAUGUCUCAACUGAGGAACACGACGAUUUACUGAACGACCUUGAUUUGUAAAAUCUCGUUAAGCAAUUGUAGAUAUCGGUCCAAGAAGAAUGGAUUUGGUUUAGAUUUUAAACUGUUAAAUACAUGUAUGCAUUAUCAUAGCAUAUUUCUUCCCAGACUUUUGAUAAUGCAAGAAUGGUAUCUCAUAGAACCUAAAAUUAUUUAAAUGCAACAUUUCUGAUCAAAAUCACAUCGGAUUUUUCUCCUCCCACUCCCAGCAUCACAGAGAGGAAAUAAGGUGACACUGACCCCUCCUCCUGUUUUUUUCAAGGUGACUUUUCCAAUUUAUUUAGGAGAAAUGUCUGGGGAAAUUCAUGUUUUCGAUGUACUUUAUAAUCUCCGCAAUUCUGCAAGAUUUCACCCCAAAAAUGCUUGAAAUCGCAUUUCAUGGACUCUAGAUUUCAAAAUUUUCCCGGGGGUGAAUGCCUCCGGAUGCCCCCAGUUGAUCAGCGUUCCUUCGCGAGCACAAAAAUGCUGCCGCCGGGCUUCAGCGGGAUCAAUACGUGUUCAUAAAAAAAGAACUUGCUCGGCCCAGUGCUUCGUCUUGGAAAAAUAUCACGGGGCAAAUUUUUUCUUCACAUGAGUUUACCAUUAACAUUUAUAGAUCCCCGUUCCAAAAACUGAUGGCGACCCGAAUUUUACAAGAAUAUUCCGAGCACAGUAAGUCAUACAUUUUUUUCUGCAUAUUUUGACACGGAUGGGGCAGCAUUGUAUCACAGAAUAGACUACACAGAAGCCCGACUUCUUCGUUGUUCCCAUGAUUUUCCAAUGAUUUUGGCGUAACCUACCGUAUUUCGUCAUAAAAAUGCUGCCGACAUGAGCCUAGCCAGUGUGCGUUUGAGAGGCAUUCAACUCCCCGAAAAUAUUCAAAAUGGCGGACGUCCAGGGGGGUAAUGCCUCUCAUAAGCGCACUGGCUAGGCCCAUGGCGUCAGCAUUUUGAUGAUGAAUCAUGGCGUGGUAGCGGUUACUCGAGUCGACCUUCUGCAUGCCUUUAUUUUGUGACUGUAUUCUGACUGUAGAUUUAAAUUAGAGAGUUUAAGAUGCCGGCUACGGAAUACGGUUAUUUUCACAUUGCUUUAACUGAGGCAGUCAGACAAAAUUUACUUCUCCCCAGAGGCAGAGCAUACUUUUCACCGUGGCGACCUUGGCUACGCCUACACUCUACAGCGUAAAAAUCACAUUCUUGUGUUGUAAAACAGAAUCAAGGACAUAUAGCACCAAACUGACUGCGCAACGUUGCUGGUUGGACAGUAUUUUCCUAUUUUUAUAAAGAAAUGAUGAAAGUUAAAAGAUGAAACUUACUGAACACAAAGCCAUGCACAUAAAACAUAUUUGAGAUGAAUUUGUUAACAAAAACUAUUUCAAACGUAGUUGGUAGUUCGUCGUCAAGAUCUUAAACUCCCUAUUAAUAAGUGGUUUUAAAAAUCCACCGAUUGUUAAAUUUCCUCCAAUUUGCACGAGCUGGAGAAAUAAGGUAUUGUAUAGACUGUGUAAUGAUUUUUGCUACUAGAAAAUGGACACCGCUAAAGGACGAGGAGAGGUAUUCCAUAAUCGCCACGAUGUAUAUUGAAGACAUUAAUUGGGAAAAUAAAUGUCAUUUCCUCAAAUGUUUUAGUUCUUUGAUUGCUAUCGUUCUUCGAAAUGCAAAUAGGUAUUCCGAAAUGACAACGUUUUGCUGCAAUUUGGCAACUUUUAUCUCGUAUUGCUGUACUGGCAUUUGUGGCGUCAAAAUCUGCAGUGUUGCUUUGUUGCAUCAACUCUCGUGCGUGAUAACAACUCUCAUCAAAAUUGGAGUCAACUCAAAAUUGAUUAGAGUUGAUGAGGGUACAAUUGGGUACAUGUAGCAGCCACGCAAGCCAACAAUAGUCAGGCUCUUAACCUGGAGAGUUGGUGGUCCAAACGUGAUCGAGAUUUGCAACACUCAUUAUAGUUCUCAUCAACUCUUAACUUCCUUUCGGGCUUUAUAAUUUUUUGACCGUUUCCUUUUUUCCUGUUUUUAGACAAAACACGCUGGAAUAUUAUCCAAUAUUUAUGACCCUGCUAUGGAUAAGCUCUAUAUUUCUUCAUCAUGGUAUGUUGAUCUUUGUAAUACACGAUACUAUACGUACAAUUAUGUACAGUACAUAAUUUAUGCAGCAACAUGUGAAAAUGGGGACAAGUGCACAAAUACAUCAUCUUACGAAUAAAUGUAGGUAAUCAUGCGAUGCUGCUCGUACAAUUAGGGAUUAAUAGUACUCGUGAUGUUUGGAAAUUUUGCCAAAAUUGGACCAGCCGCUGGGCGAGUCCAAUUUGGCAAAUUUCCAAACAUCACGAGUACUAUUAAUCCCUAAUUGUACGAGCAACAUCGCAUGAUUACUUGUUUAUUAUUAGUAUGACAAAAUUGGAUACUUCUCAAUGUGAACAUCAUAUUCUCUCACCAAAGCUCAGUCCUGCCAGACUUUCAACCAAAAUUUGGUGCUUUUGUUCGUAUUUUCAUUUAGUUCUUUUGUUAAAGCAAAGUUUGGUGCUUUUGUUCGUAUUUUCAUCUAGUUCCUCUGGGGCAAUUCCAUUUCACAUUUGUGUUUAAAAUACCUUUCCGCCAUUCUAUUUGUCUUGGGAAAAUCAUUAAUUGUACUGCAGUACAAUUAAUGAAAUAAUUGUACUCCUCUCAACCAAUCAGCAUCCAGUAAUUUUGUCAUGCUAAUUAAAAACUGCAGUUUCGCUUUCGAGUUGUUUUGACACGAUGCUGCUGAUGUGCCAGCUCGUUCCUCGUUUGGAAAUUUCUGGCACUGAAUCUUAAAGGUUGCAAUCCGAAGUAACGUUAAAGUUUUCUUUUCUGACAGCUAUUCCAUCAAUGGUAGGUUUGAUCUAUCUGUACGCAAGAUAUAAAUAUUUUUAUGGGUAUGCAGAAGCUGGUGAAAAAAGGUAUCAUUUUUCAUCCGUUCAAUAACAUUUAGCAAAACUAAAGUCUGCCACCGUUCAGAACUGUUGCCAGGAGGCAGUAGAAUUUUGUGACUUUCACGUGAUACGUUCUCGUCAAAUGAGAUGAUGAACUUUGACACUUGGUAUAUAAUAAAACCGUUUGUCAAUGGACCAUAUGACCACAGAGUAGAGACCAUACAGAAGUCCGACUCAGCCAAAAAAGCGUUACUGCCGCCACGCCUUGAUACGUGAAGCAUUUAACCCCCUGAAAAUCCGCCAUUUUAAAUAUUUUUAGAGGGUAAGCGCAACAUGCGACAGCAUUGCACCGGUUCCACCAAAUUCAUUGGCGCCGAACUUCUGUGUGGUCUCUAUUCUGUAAUAUGACUGUUGGUCUCGAUUGAUCAUAGAAAAUUUUCACGAAGGACAACAGGAGAAAGCGUAGCAUUUCAGUCCCAGAAAAUAUAAUUUGAAUCAAUAGAUUCAGCAUAUAACGUUAUUAAUAAAUCCCAAAUGCAGUUUUUCCAUCCUCUUCUACAGGUUACCUGGUUUUCGUCUGGCAAUGAACAUUUUCUUGAUUUUGUUAAUCUUGAGCAUACUUGGUCUCGUUGUAACUGGUUAUACCAAAUACACUGGAAGAACAAUAGAUGUGACGUUUUAUGAAGAAAGAGCCAUGGAGUAUGCUAAACCAGCAGUUGAUAAGAUCAAAUCAAGUUACAAACAUAUCAACAAGACAAUGCAGCCUUAUUUCAAGACAGCGAGGAACCAAAUCUCUGAUGUUUUACAACAUGCAAAAACAUUUACCACAGAUUUUAUUUCUUCAUUUAAAAGUCAAUAUUUUUCGUCAUAUUUUCAAGAACCUGCAAAGGCAAAGAUGAAGCAAACUAAGCAAGAACUGUAACUCAUUCGUUCAGAGAUUUCAUAUCCAUGCAUGCAGGUAUAUAUACAGUCUACAGUUUAAGAUGUAUUGAUUUAUUUGAAAGAUUUUUAUAUUAGAAAACGUACGAAUCUAUAGCGUUAUCGCAGCUUAAAGUUGGAACAUUGUAUUUUGUUUAAUGGACCUGUUACCUAAUGAACAAAAUUUUGAUCUAGGCAAAUCUAGACAAAAAAUUCAUCACAGCUUGAAAGAGCAUCACAAAAUUAGUAAUAUUCCGAAGUUUCGUUGCGAAAUGUUGUAAAAUGCGGAUAAUAUAGCCUUGCGAAGUUUGCCGUUUUUCAGUCAUUUUGUAUUACGUGCGGGAAGUUGAUACCUUUUUUCAGAAAGCGGUAUCAAUUUCCCGCGGUGGCCAGGCAUAUUUUUCACCGUGGCCAGGCAUAUUUUUCAAGCUUGCCCGGUGUGGAUAUACACUCAGAGUAACAUCACAAUAAUUACAUAAGAACAUAUAAAAAAAAAAUUAAAAAAAAAUAAUAAAAAAAACAGAACAA